AUGAAGAAGGUAAAGCUUCAGUCUCUAUGUAAGCAGUAUGGAAAUCUCAGCAUGAAAAAUAAUGAGAAGGUAUCUGACUACAUCUCUAUAGUGAUUCUGAUCACAAAUGAGAUGAAGUCGUAUGGAGAAAUUCUCUCUGAAGAAAGUAUUGUUGAGAAGGUACUUAGGUCUCUUACUCCUCAGUUUGAUUACAUUAGGGUAGAAAUUGAACAUUCUAAGGAUCUUAGCACCAUGAGAAUUGAAAAGCUGCAAAGCAGUCUAGAGACACAAAAGUUGCGUCUGACUGAGAGAAACUCUGAAAUGGAGGUAGAGCAUCAGGCUUUGAAAGCAGCUUCUAGUAAGAAAUAUCAUAAGCAAUCUUGGUCAAGAGCCAGGAAGAGAUCUGAUGGUGUUCAGAAGUCAAAAACAUUAACUUUUAAAAGGGAGAAAAAUGCUCAGAAGCGGAAGGAGAAGUAUGACAAGAAGAAAGUUUUGUGUUAUUGUUGUAAGAAGUUUGGUCAUUUCGCUGUUGAUUGUUGGUCAAACAAGGAAAUGAAGCCAGAAGAAGCAAUUGUAGACAGGGGACAUUAUGAUGAUGAAUCUAUGAUAUUGAUGGCUUCUAUAUGUGAUGAUACGUAUUUGGCAUACUGGUAG